UUCAACUAUAUUCCAAUACUGGAUCUAGGAAUAUAAUCAACCUAUCAAUAUGUUAAAGGUGAAGUGAAUAUUCAUCGCAAUAUUCCAUCCAAUUUGCGGAGAGAAUAUUUCACCGGCCGGGCCCCUCAAAGCUGAAGAAUAUGCAGCGAUCUCCAAGCUUCCGAAGACUCCACGCUUGCUAUCUUUGUCAAAAUAUUCCACGCAACUGGUUUCUCAUGGCAUGCAUACCACGCAAUAUAAAUAGCACAUCACCCUUGCAGCUUGUACCUUCAAGGCGCACACAGUACUCCAAGUUCCUACACAUACGCACUCUCUCUCACACACACACUUCUUCCAACAAAAUACUGGAAAUGGCCAACGAUUCCUUGGUUACAGCUCGUGUCAUAGGAGAUAUCUUGGACCCCUUCUACAGCUCCGUCGAUCUGAUGGUCCUGUUCAAUGGUAUGCCUAUUGUCAGCGGCGUGGAAUUGCGCUCUCCGACGGUCUCUGAUAGGCCGAGGGUCGAGAUUGGAGGAGAUGAUUACCGAGUUGUAUAUACCCUGGUGAUGGUCGAUCCUGAUGCUCCAAACCCAAGCAAUCCAACCUUGAGGGAGUACCUGCACUGGAUGGUGACUGACAUCCCGGCAUCAACUGACGCGACUUACGGCCGUGAGGUGAUAUGCUACGAGCCCCCUGCCCCGGCGACGGGCAUCCACCGCAUGGUGCUGGUGCUGUUCCGGCAGCUCGGCCGGGAGACGGUGUAUGCGCCGUCGAUGCGCCACAACUUCAGCACCCGCGGCUUCGCCCGCCGGUAUAACCUCGGCGAGCCCGUCGCCGCCAUGUACUUCAACUGCCAGCGCCAGAGCGGCUCCGGCGGCCGGAGGUUCACCGGGCCCUACACCAGCCGCCGGCAUGCGGCUUGAUCUUGAUCGAUCGAGCUUACGUACUGCACUAGGUGGAUACAUGCAUGCAUGCAUUGGGUGACAAACAUCUACAGAUAUAUACACAUUUAUAGAAUAUAUAAACGAAUAAAGUUAAGUAGCAUGCAUGCUAUACACGUAUAGCUAGCUUCUAGUCGACCGCACGUGUUUGUCCUCGAGGUCAG